GGCUAAUGAGGAAUUCGUGAUUUCCUGGUUACAGUCAAGCACUUGCAGGAUGAAUGUGGGCGUAGCUCACAGCGAGGUGAACCCCAACACGCGGGUGAUGAACAGCAGAGGGAUAUGGCUCACCUACCUGCUGCUGACCGUCGUCUUGCACAUCGUCUUACUGAGCAUCCCGUUCCUCAGCGUGCCGAUCGUGUGGACCUUAACCAACGUCAUUCACAAUCUGGCCAUGUACGUGUUCCUUCACACGGUAAAGGGCACUCCGUUUGAGACGCCCGACCAGGGAAAAGCCCGCUUGCUCACUCACUGGGAACAGAUGGAUUAUGGCAUCCAGUUCACAUCAUCAAGAAAAUUCCUCACCAUUUCACCCAUAGUGCUGUACAUCCUGGCCAGCUUUUACACCAAAUACGAUGCCACCCACUUCCUGAUCAACACAAGCUCCCUCCUGAGCGUCCUUCUUCCCAAGCUGCCCCAGUUCCACGGGGUGCGUCUGUUCGGCAUCAAUAAAUACUGAAGCGACGUUCCGAUCGGUGGUCAGGAGGUAAAGGGAACAGUAGUGCAAAAAAUGUCUUUCAGUUUAAUUAUCAGCCUUUUCUUAAUACGAGCCGACGGUAAGGAAGCAGCAGAACUGAACUUCUUACACUGUAUCGAAAAGGACUUGUGGCAGUGCACUGGUGUUUAAAAUUCUUUUAGUAUUUUCUUCCAUUUUUUUUUUUUUCCUUCUUCUUCACCGGAAAAGCUGACGACGAAUUCACUUCAAGCGCAAGGUGAAGUUUUUUAUUUAUUUAUUCAUCCGUAGAAACCUUUACGCAAACGAGGCAGAAUCCGGUAACAGAGCUGAUAACGGAGCUGAGCGAGUUUCCAUUUUUCGUCAGACGUCUACAAUUAAAGCGAAUAAAAGUUGUAGAUAAAUAUUCACACCACCACACACGGAUUAAGGAUAAGAGUUAGAGCACUAAACCUUCUCCCUCCAACCCAAUCCCCUAAGAUACAAAUUCAGCAAGCCAAAUGACUGACAAUCGAGAUCUUCUCUAACAGUGAUGCACAAUAACAGAGUAACAUAAGAAAUCAAGGCUAUCGUCCGGCUAAUACGAACCCCUACGACCAAAGCACACUGUAGAUAUACAUAAACACAUGUAGAUAUCGGUCUGGAUUGAUGUUAAUCCGCUCCCGUAGGAGUUGAGUGUAUUGGUGUGCAUCGGGAUUGGAAUCCAGAUCCAAUAAAAUAAAAAAAAGAAGUGGGGGAGGGUGUGUUUACGUCACGUGGGCGGUCAGAUAGGAAUCACCUGAGGUUAAGGCAAACUUCAUUAACAUGGGAGAGCAUGCUGCUUUCGGCUUCAGCGAUGUUCAUGCACUCAUUUUUAGUUUUCUGGUCAGGGUCGCAGUUUAAGUUACAAAUUAAUUUAUAUUUUCCCCAAAUAGAACUGAUCAAGUUUGGUAGAAAGUUAAACGAGUGGGAUUGAGGGAGUGGUGGGAUCGGUUGGAAUUCUUUUAAGUGGAUUAGCCAAGCAGAUUUGGUCAGAUUUUUAGUGGGAUUGGUUGGAAUGCUUGUCAGAGCAGGCAGGAUUGGUCAAAUUGUCUGUGGUAGAGGGCAGGUUUGGUCAAAUGGUAUGUGGCUGGAAUUCUUUUGGGAGCGAAUAGGAUUUGUUAGGGAUUGUGCUUCCAGGAGUGGGUGGGAUUGAUCGAAUUUUCUAUAGAAGUGGAAAGGAUUUGGUCCAAGUUUUGGCAGGAGUGGGCAAGAUUGGUCAGAAUACUGUUUGGGAAUGGGCAUGAUUGGUUGAAAUGAUUUUGGGAGUGGGGAAGAGUUAGAAUUAUUUUUGGGAGAGGCCAGGAGCAGUCAGAAUUUUGAGGAUUGGACAGAAUUCUUUUAGAUGUUGACAGGACUGGGCAGAAUUAUUUCAGGUGUGGACAGGAUUCUUUCAGUUGUGGACACGAUUGGACAGAAUUCUUUCUGGUGUGGAUACGAUUCUUUCAGGUGUGGACAUGACUGGACAGAAUUCUUUCAGGUGUGGACAGGAUUGGGCAGAAUUCUUUCAUGAGAGGGCGAGACUGGUCAGAUUUCUUUCAGAAGCAGGUGGGACUGAUCCGAAUUCUUUCAGGAGUGGGUGGGGUUGGUCGAACUUGAUUCAGCAGUAGGCGGGGUUGGUCAGACUUCUUUCAGGAGUGGGCGGGGUUGGUCAGACUUCUUUCAGGAGUGGGCGGGGUUGGUCAGACUUCUUUCAGGAGUGGGCGGGGUUGGUCAGAC